GUUGCAGAUCGUAAACUUUACGUAUAUCAGCAGGGUGGAAGUAGAUCACAUAUCCCAAGUUUAGCUCGAUAUCAGGACGUUGAAAGUAAAGAAAAGACUACUGGAUUUUCGAGUAUAGACUUACGGCAAAAUCAUCCUAUUACUUGCCUUAUUAAACAUAAAAACUCCAGCUCGAAUACAAGACGAUAUGAGUCCCUCUAUGAGUUACAGUCCACUACAGACCAACAGCAUAACCGCAUACAUGAGAUGAGGGAUUCCAGCGAUUCGGGACAGUAUACCUUUGAUUAUAGUUCUACACACUCUUCCAUCAACAAGAAACUCCAUCUUAAAGGAGCAGACCAUAAUCAAAACACCAAGCAUACUACUACCGGAGAGGGAGAAAGAAGACUAUCGGAGCUCGAACGAGCAGCAUCUGGAGAUGAAGACGAUAACAGUAGAAGAUCACAGAAAAAUGCUCAGUUUGCCAGGCGAGACUCCACACUUCUAAGCACUGACACGACUACAUCUCCAGUCAUUACACAACUUCAGCGUUCAAAACUAGUGUCUUCUAAAAUCCUAGCGGAAGAUCAAGUAGAGAUGAAUCAGAUAAAAAAGCCUAUUGCUGCGGAGAGACUCGAGCGAAGAAUACGGACCCUCAGAGUCCCCAAUCCAAAGCAAAACCCGUUAAAGCGACAAGGAUCUACAGGAGUGAGCAAUCUCCCAACGGCUAUCGAAAGUGGCCCUCAAGAUGACCCUGCGGAAGAAAUUACUACAUGUAAAGAGCGGAUGAAUGUACAUGAUCCAGGAGCGAAUGAGAGCGAACUCGAAGACUCCUUGGGAACACAAGGUACUUCGCCAUGGGAGACACAAAGCACUGAAGAGAGAUCAGCCGAAUCGUCCACAGGGUAUAGCAGCAGCAACUCUGCGCUGCCUAGACAAAAGAGCACACAGCAGCCUGAGAUGCAACGGCUGGACUGUAGGAAAUCAUAUUCAAGCCUUUCGAGCUCGGAAAACAUGACUACAGGAAGAGAAGUCGAAUCAACUCAGCCACUAAAGCUCCAAGACAUUAGCCAAGAGGUCAAGUCUAUACGAAAAGAGCUCGAACAGUCCAAAUUUGAAUCACAGCAGCUCCGGCAUUGGAUAAUGGAGAGAUCGGAUUCACAUCACCAUCAGGAACAGGAGAAUACGCUCUAUCCACAUCGUGCUCAUCGUAACUAUGCUCGCAGAUCACGGCAUACAUAUCAAUCUCCAUCAUGGAGACACAAUACACGACGUCUAUCGAAAAGCAAAGAGAGCUCCGAAAGCGAAGAGUCCCAUCGUAAUGGUGACGUGAUGCGCUUACCUGGUGGAAAGGCUGUUGAAGCUUUUAGGGGCACCCAACGCGCUAAUAGCACGUCCCCCACAGCAGAGAGUCGAUCCAGUGUGGAAUCUGAAUACCGAGGCCCUAAUAUGCGGAGUUCGCUUGCGUUUCCAUUAAAUCAUCCUCAUCCUGUGGAUACGAGAGAAAGAUAUGCGACGCAAGCUGCAAGCUGCACUAAGUCCAUAUGUGCUAAAAUGCCGGGCUGGACAGCGCGAUUUCUUUUCUGGAUGGUAGUGUCAGUGGUGAUGCAACUCGUUAUUAUGGGUUUUUUAUUUAGGUAAAACAAUGGACAAUGACCAAUAAUUCAGAUGUAACCCUUGUGUUUUCCUAAUUUGUGCUCGUACUCAAACGACAUACUAUCCUCCUA